UGUGUGCGUACGUGUGUGUGUUGGUAAAUACAAUCAGCAGAGCACGGCAAGAAGAAAAAAACGUAAAAAAAAACGUAAAAAACGGAUAAAAAAGCGGCCAAGCGACAUUGAUGCCAAUCGGCAGUGCAUUUGUUGUUGUUGCCGUUUGCAUCGGACCAGAAUAUAAAGAAAUAAAGCCAAAUAAAAUAUAAGCUAAAACGCCUUCAGUGGACUUCAGUUGGCUGGAAAAAAGAUAUCAAACGGACAGGCAGCUCAAACACACACACUCACAGCUAGGCAAAGGCAAUACAGACAGUGAGGUCUCAAAUUAGACCGUGAAAGCCGCAAAGUAAAUAACCAGCAAAGCGUGCAAAAGGAAAAACCAGGGAAAUUAUAUUAGAUAGAGUUGAAGAGUAGAGGGGGCAGUGCCCCACGUGCACACAGUAGCAGGCCUAGAAAAGCUAGAAAAUUAUUAUUAUGAUAAUAAAUUAAAGUUGCCAUUAAUUUAGCCAAAACGGAACGCGAACGAGGCCUGGGAAGACGGCCACAAAGACUUGGAUGGUAGACGGUAGCAUAAUAACAAUAAAUAAUAAUUUGAAAUAGGCGAGCACCAGAAAGCAGAAAGACAGAAGACAGAAUACACAAGAAGACCACAAAGAAGUGGCCAAGUGCAGCCUCCCGUUCCAGAGGAGCAGCUAGAAAACAAAACAAAAAACAAAACAACAAAGCGAGGAAAAACGGAAAAGGCAGCUCGAGCGCAUCGAGCGUGCAAAUUAAAAGCGCACCACAGUAGCCCCAGUGCUCCAGCUUCUUCUCGACAUGGAAGUGGCCACAACAAACAAUCACAGUCAGAGCCAUCAUCAUCACAAUCAUCAUCAUCAUCAUCAGCUGCAGCCAUCAUUGGGGGGCCAAGGCAGCGGCUCUCGGUCCCCCUUCCAGCGGGAGGUGCGUGAAUGGCAACGCAUCGAUCCCAAUACCGGAGCCCUCUUCACCGGACGCUUGGAGGCUGACCGCUGGAUAAAUGGACCGCUGAACAGCUAUGGCAAGAUAUCCGACUCCCAAAACAUCUCACAGCCGAAUGGCACACAGCACACGCAGCGCAAACAGUUGGAGGUGCUGAAGGCCCGCACCGCCAACGGCGCCAUGCAGGUGAUCCGCACCCAGACAGUACAAAAGAGCUCGUCCUCGUGGUCCACCUCCACAUCCACAACCACCACAUCCACCACCCACCGCACGAGUAACAGUAAUGGCCACGUUCCACCAUCAAUGCCCACAAUCCUAUCCCCCAUUGAUCAGGGUGGUGUUGACAUUUGCGAACUUAGCGACGAUUGCAGUCUAAGCGGCAGCGAUGCUGGCAUCGUUCGUACUGCAUCUGCAUCUGCCUUAACAUCCGCCUCAGCCUCCGCAUCCGCAUCCGCACUGAGCCAGGAGCUCAUAGACGAUCAUGUUGAUUUUGUUGUGAUUAAUGGCGAGGCGAGCGAUCAAGAGGACGCUGCCGACGAUCAUUUGCACAAAGGCGGCCACAAUUUGUUACCCGAUACGGCUCCGAGUCUGAAAUUGAGCAAUCUAAUGAAAAGCAGUUCGAGCAUUUCCAGCCAGAGCAGCAACAAUUCGAACUUAACAACUGCAACACAAGCGAGCAACACCCACAAAAGUGCGGGCAAAAUAAGCCUACAUGCAAUUGUGGGACCAGAAUCAUCAUCAUCAUCAUCAUUAUCAUCAUCGUCAGCGGUUUGGGCCAAGCAGCCUGACUUAUAUGGCCAACUCCCCGGUGGCGUGGGUGGUUCUGGUGCUGCUGCUGCUGGUGGUGAUGCUGACGUAGCUGUUGCCACGCCAACGCAACGUCGUGAUUUGGAAAGUUUCCGGCAUUAUAACGAUGACGACGACGACGAUCUGCGACUUACCGCUCGUCACCAGCGUCGUCAGCAGGUGUCCCAGUCGGUCUACGCCCCACCAUUGCCCUCGUUAGGAUCCACUUUGCUCCAGCGCUCCCGCUCCAUUUCCACGGAUGAUCUCAGCAACGACUGGGAGCGUGAGGAUCCCGCCGAACAGCCGGUUGGUGAGUGGCGACGAGUCAGCAAGCUGCGACGAUCUUUUCAGUCGCAAGAUCACUACAAGAGCCCGGUAUCCGUGAAUCGACCUCGACCCUUGGAUCUGCCGGCAAGUUCAGUGAGUGUGGCUCGUUUACGGGCGGAACUGGAGAACGGACGUCGCCUGCAUACGGCCAUGCGGAAUAACCACGUGGAUCUGGCAGCCCUGGACAAUAUACUUAACACUCCUACAGCCAAACCCACGGUGGCCAAGAGGAACACCUUCCUCACGGCCGAGUCCCUGCAAGAGAUACGCGGCAAACUGAAGAAACUCUCAGACGAAAGUCUCUACAAGGAGGACUUCCUGGCCUACCACCAAAAAAAUCCUGCGGUAGUGCGGGAAAUCAGCGUGGAGAAGGUAGAUCCUACACCACCAGCUCUAUCGACUCCAUCGGCCUUUCGACCCGUUCACAAUACCCACAGUCUGGAGUCCCGUCAGAGGCAGAAGGACACCAGUUCCAGUGAAUGGCAUUUGCGGCGCAAGUCAUACGGCUUUGAGAAGAUGUCACCGCCCGAGGACAAGAGCAUCUUCCGGGUAGACGCCUCCACAGAUAGUGGCCUAGGCAGAUCUGGUGAGCAACUAGGCAACUGGUCACCCACGGAAAGAGAGCGUGAGAGAAACGAAAAGAAUGCCGCUGGUGGACAUCAGAACAAUGGCGGUGGAACCAUUGUCCAUUUCGGCAGAUCCCCGAGACCCAUCAUCCCAUCAUCCAGCCCCACAGAAGGAGAGUUGAGUAAACGCCAUUCGAUAGCCGUAGAGGAAACCUGGCGUGAUAUUCGCAAAACCUCGCAGGUGCAUGUGAAUGGAGGAAGCGCUGUCCCCAGCACCUCGAACACCACCAGUCACCUGCACAAGGGCAGCGCUCAGAAGCGAGUGGAGUUCUGCAAGACAGAGGUGCACUUUGCCGCGGAAUCGGGUCGCGUUAAUAUCGUGGAGACCGACGGCAAGCCGCCGCCCACGCAAAACUUUCGCCGACGCCGUCGCACCACCACAGCCAGCGGUCCAUUGCAGAGUCUGGUUAAGUCAGCCAGUGCCAGCGGUGGAAGUGGCACUGCCACCACGCAGAGCAGCGAGGUGACCCACUUUGGGGACGAUUCACAGCGUCGCAAGACGAUAGCCACCAGUACUGUGGCCUACCGAGCCACGCUCAUGGAUCCGCCAGAGGUGGUUAGCCAGCCAAUUUCCAGUAGCCACAGCAACACCUCCACCAGCACCCAAGUGACCGUAACCACAGUGGCUAAGCCUGUGCACGAACCACGAUACAGCCUGAUGGAGUCCACUUCGAGGAACAGUUACACCUCCACUAGUGGAGUGGAUACCACGGAUAACGAGACAGAUGAGCUAUCAAAUAUUAGGGGAAUCCUGAAGAACAAACCGGUGAAACCGAAGCCCUAUCACCUGGGCGAGAACAUAGAGAGCGCCGAUGUACUCUGGAGUGUGCCAGCUAUGAAAGUCGAUCGAGAAAGUCCCUCGGCAAGAGAUAGCGGAGUGACUAGCGAUUCACCCAUUAGUCCCAAGUCGGUGGCCGAGAGAAUCCGCAUUGUGGAGCAGCGCCAACAGCAGCAGCAACCUUCUCCAGCUGGAAAUGGAUACUCGACCAAGAUCAAUGUGAGCCUGGGCUCCGAGGAUUGGGCAGAACCAGGCACAGCCAUGCAUCAUCAUCCCAGCUCGAAAUACCGCCAGUAUCGACGUCCAAGUGCCCAAGAGCUAUUGUUGGAGGAUCUGCGCCAGCAUCAGCGCAUCCUGGACGAGGGUUUGAAGUCCACGUCCCUGAUAAUGAGGACCAUGCGAUCGGCCAGCGAAUUCGAUGAGGCCAUGCGACGCCUGAGCAUAGCUUCGAUUGAGUCCGCCUUAGUUCAACCGACUAUUGUGGUGCCCACGCCCAUGUUGCGAUCGCACAGCUACCAGGAGGAGGGAUCCUACUCCUCCAACCGCCGCCCUUCCACCAUAUCCACCACCUCCAUAACAAGCAGUGAUCUCUUCGGCAGUGCCUUGUAUGAUUCCCUGCCGCGGACACCUUUGGCUCCACCGCGCUUGAAAUUACUGGGAAACACUCAGAUCCCGGUGAGCCAGCAGUUAACCCAACUGAGAAGGCUCUACGAUGCUGCCGAACAGGAUCAGGAAGAUAGUGCCGAUGAGGAGGUGAAGCGGUACUUCCGGGACAGCAAUAGUGACAGCGGUGGAGGAACUCAGGGAAGCUCCUCGCCAGAUCAUCAGCCGGCGGAGUUGUUCAAGGGCAGCGAGUAUUCCAGCAGCUGGAGUCGCCUUAAGGCCAAGCGAACCAUCUGGAAAAUCGAGGCACAAGAUCAGAUACUGAAGAGAGCAGAUCUACCCAAAUCGAAUGUGAUGAACAUAGCUCUGCACGCUCCCCGAAUUGAGAAGCCCAAGGCUACACCACCUACCCUUCGAAUUGGCCAACUGAUACCUGUGGCCAAGCCCAGGACCCUCUUUAUUCAGCCGCAAAUCCAAACACAGACUACACAAGCAGACAACGGUGACGAGUCCGGAAGUGAGUCCUUGAAGAUUGUCAAGGAAGCACGCGGAGCUCGCAAGCUGCGUGAACACGAACUCUCUUACUUUGGAGUGCAACAGAAGCAGCAGCAGGCGAAACUAUCGACAACAACCACGAAUCCCAGAAGAACACUGCCCAGUCGCAGCAAAAUGAGCCACAGUGAUGAGAUCAAGGCCAACACCACGACCACCACCAAGUGGCAAUUGCUCAACGAUCGACCCGACCUGCUGAGGCACAGUAGUCCCCAGCAAAACGAUAAUGGCACGACCAACGACUACGACCAGGAUGAUAAUGAUCUGGAUGAGGACGAGGAACACUGUUAUGAGAACAUUGCCACCGAACUGACUACCACUUUUAGGGUCAAAUCUCCAUCCCACUCCCCGGAUCGAUCACGAUCACCGGGUAGCUAUGAAAGGAAGACCGACCUGCAGAGGGACGCUCAGAUCCUGAGCGAAAUGACCCGAAACGCUGAUCAGACUUUGAAGGCUCUCUCCGAUGAGGCAGCCAUCAAGGAUCAGCGGCGCAGAUCCUGUUCCCUGCAGCGUCGCAGCGCCAAGCCCUUGGAGACCAUUGAUGAGAAGGUGAAGAUAUACCCCCAAACGAUCGGGGUGGCCCGUGGCACUUUCGCCUCGGAGGCACGUCGUAAUUCCCGGCAGUCGACUCCUUCGCCUACGCGGGCACGCAGCUCGUCGCAGUCCUCCAUCGAAUGCUGUCCACGGGAUCGAUCCCGCUCCAGUUCGCGGGAGUCGAUGACCCACGGUGGUGGCUCAUCCGAUGACCAAGUGGCCCAGAAACAGCGAGCCGAGCGCCUUCGCAUGCGCACUCCAAAACGAGAGAAGUCCCGUCAUGAACCGAUCGAAGUUCGUGUCAACCGCCACAGCAGUAAGCCAAGGAGCAGUUCAAAUGCCACGGCACAGGGGUCAUCUUCUCUGGAGUCCAAGCGUAGCUCUCGUCACAGUUCACGCCACAGCCGGGAGGUUGAUCACUCCACGGAGACCAAGACCUCCUCUUCCAGCCGCUUGAUAAGAUCUUCUCGGGUGGCUGAUGAAAGUCGCUCGAGACAGAGCAGCCAUCGGGAUCGGGAGAAGGAAGGCGAUCGAGAACGCUCUCGAGGCACCGAUAAACAUCGCGAUGAACUCACACGUUCCAGGGGUCACUCCAGUCGCUCUAGGCACAGUGAGCACCCAUCGUCGGGAACCCGGGAGAGCAGUCGCCCAAGUAAGACGAGAUCGAGUCGCAGUAGCCACGACUCGACGACGGCACACAAAAAGUCAACAACGACGACCACGAGCACAACAGGCAGUUCGAAAACAUCGAAAACCACAACGCAUAAACCAUCUGCAUCAGCCAGCACCACCAACACCACCACAGUAGCACCACCCACGCACCACGAACUGACACACGGUAAAAGCACACUGAAUGGACACCAGCAUCAUCAUCAGCACCAGCACAGCAGCGGCGGCAAGCAUCAAGGAUCCGGACAUGGUCAUCGGGAGCAGCAGCCACAUCAUGUCCACAGCCUGACCACUUCGUCGAUCGCCAAUAGCAGACAUCAGCGCGAUCGUCACGGCAAGGAUAGGAAAUAGAAUUUAUGGGAACUCUCCAGCGAGCAAGCAACGAACUACUAAAAAAAAAAAAAACCUACUUUAAUAGAUAUAUAAAUAUAUAUACUUAUAUAUAUAUAUUUUAACAUUUGUAAUAUGUACUAACACAUGAACGACGACCAGCCCAAAUUCGAUGAGACUUUUUUUUGGUAAUUUGCGAAAUUUUCUGGCAUUGUGAAAAAAUUUCAAACAAAUUACUUUGAGGUUUAUGGGACAAAAGAACUAACCGAUUUACUAAUGUUUCGAUAUUGCAAAAUGUGACUUUGAAAAUGUUCCAGUUCCCAGUUCCUGUUCGCAUUUCCACAACCACACACAUUUUCACACCCCC